AACGCGGGUCCGAGAGCGGUGAGCGGCUUGCCCGGUGAGCAGGGCCGGGACACAGGGCCCGGAACCUAACGGUCCGUCUCUGUUUGCGAAGCCCCGAGUGAUUUUCCUCCUUUCUGUCCCUCUGGCUCCCUCGGCAAAUCCCUACGGCUUCUCCUGUUACUCAGAGCAACCCCGGGCUCCUCUUCGGGACGAGACACGGAGCGGCCCGAUUCAGGCACAUGACCUUGUAGGGAACGGAUGAUUAACAUGAUCAGAUGUUUCUUGAGCAUUUUGUUAGGCGCAGGUGCCCAGGGGAAGAAGGGCGGGGGAAGCGGCCCCUUUCGGAGGCCCAAAGGCCAUUUGUGGUGUAAGGGGGGCUCUCCAGCUCGCCCCUUCCCCCCCCCUUUCCCUUUGGCUCCCCAACCUCGUCCCUUCUAACGGUCUCCCUCCCCUCUCCAGCCCCGGGGAAAUGGAAAAGUAGCUGUAGGCAUGCGCAGCAGUCCCAGGAACUGCACCCCGCCCCUCCUUUCCCCAUUUUCAGCUUCCUUUUCUCUUUAUCCCUACUCUAUCAGAGCCCAGGAAGGAGCAGGGGAGGGUAGUUCUUGGAUCUCCUUUAGACAGGGUUCUUAGGAGUCAUUAUCACCCAAGUGUAGUUCUGCCCGUUUAGGAGCAACAGGAGGAGGCAGCUCCAGCCUGGGCCAUGGCCAAGGUCGAGGCAGCUCAGGUAUUCCUAACGUUUGAGGAUGUGGCCAUCACUUUCUCUCGGGAAGAGUGGGGGAUGUUGGCUCCCUGGCAACAACAGUUGUACUGGAAUGUGAUGAAGGAAAACUAUGAAACUUUGAGCUCUUUGAGUGCUGGCAGAUUGGGAACCCUGGCAGAACUAUUGGCUACAUUGGGACAAGUCUUUGAAACCUGGGAAGAUCAGCAGAACUUGAUGAGCAGAGAUAACCUGGAAAGCACAUGCUUGAGUGUUGGGGUCAGGAAGCCUCCUAAGAAAGAAAGUAAUAGGAAACAGCAAUUGAGUGGGAAUUUCCCAGGGGAACAAGGUAAAACAGGUUCUCAUACUCCCAGCCACAAAAAGUCUCAAGAAAUAAAUCUUCUGUCUCCUGGACAGAUGGAUAAUUUGGUGAGGACUGAACCCACUGGCAGUAGGGGAGAGAAUGGAGUCUUGUAUAGCCUUUCUCCAGGUGAGAGAGCCCUCAUGGAGAAGAUACAAAACCAGGAGUUAGCCUCUGAGAAUGAGCUUUCCCUGAAACCUCACCAUUGUCCUGAGUGUGGAAAGCACUUCAAGAGACGGCAUGAGCUUAAGGUGCACAAGCGAGUCCAUACAAAGGAGCGGCCUUUCCCUUGCCCAGAGUGUGGGAAGUGCUUCCGGCAGAAGUCAGCCCUCAUGACCCACCAGUGGGUGCAUAGCAAGGAGCGUCCCUUCACCUGCCCCGAGUGUGGACGCUGCUUUGCCCAGAAACAAUACCUGAGGAAACAUCAGUGGGUACAUAGAAAUGAGCGCCCCUUUCACUGCGUGGAGUGUGGACGCUGCUUUACCCAGAAACAAUACCUGAAAAAGCACCAGCAUUUACACAGUGGGGAGCGCCCCUUUGCCUGCUCAGAAUGUGGGCGCCACUUUGCCCAGAAGCAGGACCUCAAGAAACACCAGCAUGUGCACAGCGGGGAGCGCCCCUUCCCCUGCCCUGAGUGUGGGCGCCAUUUUGCCCAAAAGCAGGAUCUCAAAAGGCACCAGCGUGUGCAUAGUGGGGAGCGUCCAUUUCCUUGUGCUGAAUGUGGGCAUCACUUCUCUCAGAAGCAAGACUUGAAGAAACACCAGCGAGUGCACACCGGGGAGCACCCUUUCCUCUGCCCGCAGUGUGGGCACCACUUUGCCCAAAAACAGGGUUUGAAGAAGCACCUGCGAGUGCACCAGCGGGCUCCAGGUGGUAAACGGCUCUUUCCCUGCCCUGAGUGUGGGCGCUCCUUCACCCGGGUGCACGACCUAAAUAAGCACCAAAGAAGCAUCCAUAGCAGUGAACACUUUUUUGCUUGUCCCGGUUGGGAUCAGCAAUUCAGCAAUAUGGCCAAUAAUUCCAUCAGCUUGGAGUUGAUCAAGCUCGGCCCACUGGACUGGUGAGCCAGGUCCUCCUUUGAUGCCUUUUCCAAGAUUGUCCUCAGGGGCACACCACGCUAGGGGACCGCUUUCUGUUCCUCCUUACUGAUCCUUAUUUUUCUCAUCUGGAGAUGGUGAAAGUGGCAAGGAUGUUGUGAUACUGGAGCAUGUUCGGCAACAGAUGACUAGGACAUACAAUAGGAGGAUUGGCCAAAUUAUCAUAGGUGUUUGGCCUGAAGAAGAGAAGAUUUGAGGGGACUUAAGAGCUACUGUCAAGUACUUCAAGUACUAUUAUGUAGAAGAGAGCUUGGAGCCAAAGGACAAAGACAGGAACAGACAUUUGUAGGGAAGUAGACUGGAUUCCAUGUAAAGUGAGGACUUCUUAACAGACUGUUCCUAAAGUAGAUUAGCUGUCUCAGGAGUUAAUUCUAUUUGGGGAGGUCUUCAGGCAGAAUCUUGAUUAUUUGGUCAGGAUGCUACAGAAAGGAUUCCUUUUUGGGUUAAACUAGGUGUCUUCUCAUCUCACUUUCAAAUUUGAGAUUCUGUGAUUGUGUUUACUAUUCCAACUAAGAUCUUAUAGACUUAAAAUGGUUUAAUUAAAUAAUGUAUUUGAAUUUGAACAAAAGUCUUCCUUACCUUAACUCAAGUGUUGGGAACCUAUCAUAAAGUUUUGCAAAUUUUUCUUCUUCACUCCAGGAUGAGGGAAGGGCAGAGUGUGCCAGAGGUCACAGCUAAUAGCAACUGGGUUCCGUCAAUUCCUUCUUGUCUGUUUGGCAGAAUUAGGGUUUGUUACAUAAAACGGAAGGCUUUUCUCUUGUUGAACUUCCUUUUUAGCUUCAAAGCUGUUCUUAGUACAUACCUUAGAAGUAAUUAAUAACCAGCUUUAGAAUAAAAAUCUGAUAUUGGAGGAAGUAGAUUAUUCUCAGGGAAAAGGAGGUAAAGAAGCUGUAGGGAAAAAUAUACUUGAUUUUCUAUAUAACUGGCUUUAACUAUCUUCUUUUUAAGCAAUAGCUUUUUAUUUUCAAAAUAUAUGCAAAGAUCAUUUUCAAUAUUCACCCUUGCAAAAACCUUGUGUUCCAAAUGUUUCUUUUUUCCUUUCCCUCACCUCCCUUCCCUAGACAGCAAGUAAUCCAAUAUAUGUCUGACUAUAUUCUUAAAAAUCAUGUCAUAUGCCACUUUAGCUUGAGUACCAUAGUUAGCUGACUUGGCCUUGAGUCAAAAAGUAGAAGCCAAAAACCUAAGUACUUCGGAGUUUCAAGACUCUAGAGAAAACAUUUUGGGAUGUAAUGAUCAUACAAAGCUUAUGAAUCCAUGAAAAAACACCAACUGAGGCUCCCCAGUUCCAUCAAAGAACAAAGUCUCCAUUAUCUCCCUAAGGAUUACAUUGACUAGCAUACCACUGGUAAGUGUUUCUGUCAAUUCCUUCCUGGAAGGCUUCACAAUGGAAAUUGCAGAAAUCUAUACUUAGUAAUACAAUUAAUUCUCCAAUAAUCACAUUUAGAUGAUUUCGUUGAACAAAGUGAAGGAAAGGAAGAAAAUGAGCUUUUAUAUAGUGCCUACUGUGCCAACC